AUGACAAGCGCAUUCAAACAAGCUGAUCACCCAUUACUUGCUAUCCCUGGUCCAGUAGAGAUUUCUGAUGAGGUUCUUUUAGCUAAUGCUCAUCCUUCCGUCUCGCAUGUAUCACCUUCAUUUGUUCAAGUUUUUGGAGAAUCGCUUAAAUUAUUAAAAGAAUUAGUUUAUAGUAAAUCAGCUCAACCUUUCAUUAUAUCUGGCAGUGGAACAUUGGGUUGGGAUCAAGCAGCGUCAAACUUAAUAGAAAUUGGUGAUAAUGCACUGGUUAUAAAUACAGGAUACUUCGGUGACGAACUUGGUAAUUGCUUAAGCGUAUAUGGUGCAAAUGUUGAUCACUUGAAUUCUGAAAUUGGUAAAUCAGUACCACUCGAUAAAAUUAGAGAGACAUUAAAAGAAAAGAAGUAUAAAAUGGUAACAAUAACCCAUGUUGAUACAUCAACUGGAGUUCUUAGCGAUGCAAAGGGUAUAGCUAGAGUUAUUAGAAAAUCUCAACCGAAUGCAUUAGUUGUAUUAGACGGUGUAUGUAGUGUUGCAUCAGAGCUGAUCAAAUUUGACGAGUGGGGUAUCGAUGUACUAAUUAGCGCAUCACAAAAAGGUAUCGGUGCUCCACCAGGAUUAUCAUUAGUUUGGGCAUCAGAGCGUGCGAUUAGCAUUCAUGAAAACAGAAAGACACCUGCCAGCGGAUAUUAUGUUAACUGGAAGAGAUGGAUACCUGUCAUGAAAGCAUAUGAAGAGAAUAAGCCAGCAUACUUUGCAACUCCUCCAGUUCAACUGGUAUUUGCCUUGAAUACUACAUUAAAGUCCAUGUUGAGAAAUAAAGACUGCAGUUUAGAAAAAAGGUUUGAAGAACACAAAAAGAUAUCAAAAUACUUCAAAAAAGAGAUACAAAGUUGGGGAUUGAAACAACUUGUUAAUGAAGAACGUUACGAAGCCAAUGGAAUGACAACUAUUAUGUAUCCUGAAGGAGUUAAAGGUAGUGAAUUAUUACCAAAAAUAGCUAAAAGUGGAAUUGUAGUUGGAGGUGGAUUACAUAAGCAAGUAAAGGAUGAAUACUUCAGAGUUGGGCACAUGGGUGAAACAGUCGUUAAUGAUCAGAUCAGAGGGGAUAUCAAUAAAUUAUUAAGAACAAUACAGGAAUGUUUGAAUUAA